CGGUCAUGUGAUCAGCUGUGUCCAAUCACAGCUGAUCACAUGGGACAUGUACACAGAUCAUCAAAGCACUGAUGAUCAGUGUGCCCUGAUGAUCUGUGUAGCCCCAGCAACGCCACCUGUCAGUGUCCAUCAGUGCCAGCUCUCAGUGCUCAUCCAUGCCACCUGCCAGUGCCAAUCAGUGCCACAUUUCAGUGCCCAUCUGAGCUGCCUUUCAGUGUCACCCAUCAGUGCCAGUCAGUGCCACCUAUCAAUGCCAGUCAGUGCCACCUAUCAGUGCUGCGAAUCAGUGCCACUUAUCAGUGCCAGUCAUUGCCGCCUAUCAGUGCCAGUCAGUGCCCCCCAUCAGUGUGUAUCAGUGCUGCCUAUCAUUGCCAGUCAGUGCUGCCUAUCAGUGCCCAGUCAGUGCUGCCUAUCA